CCCUUGGUCCGGGUCCUUGGACUUGUCCCUCAAGAUUCCAGGGCCUUGGUUUACUCAGCAGUGGGACAGGCUGCUAGGGAAACCCACUCACUGGGGACAUAGAAGGGGUUGUUCACGCAAGCAACCAGCCCCCCACCUCUUCCCUACCUCAGGCACCACCUCAGGGGCAGUAAAAAUUCACAUUGCCACGUUUCUAAAUGAAACAAUUUAAAAUUAUAUUUGCUUUAUAAUUUUAGUGGAAAAUGCAUAUUCUUUCAAUCUAGGUCACCUAUGUAGUUGAACAGAAGAACAUCAACGAGAAAAUGACCCCUACUUUCUAGCCACCGAAACGUCAAUUCUGGGAGUUUCUGCCUGCAUCUUCAUACCCCUGGAACCUGAGCUCCUCCGGUUCCAUCUCUGAUGUGGAGGAAAAUGCACUUCCUGAAAAGUUUCUGGGUUUCACUCCUCCCAUGUACUGUGAGACUUGGGGCAGUUUCUCCCUCUCUGAACCUCUGGCUCUUCAUCCGUGGAAUAGGGAUGAGGAUUCCAGCCUCGCAAUGUUGCUGUCAGAUGGCAGAUGAGGGAAUAGCCUGGCCGGAGAGGGGCCCUCCUGCCUUUGCCUCUGCUUGGAAGGCAGCUGACAGGGGCCUGCCCACAGGGAGGGUGUGGCCCGGGCAAGGCCUCCUGCUUGUCCCUCCUCCAAGUUGGCCUUGGUGACAAUGCAGGGAACCCGUGCUGAGCUCUCUGCACACAGCCCCAGUCGGGGAGCAGGAAACCGAAGACAUGAACAAGGUCUUCCCCCAGGAGCCCAAGCUUGUAUAACACUGACAAACAGGACAGGCUUCUUGUGCCAUGACCAGAGGAGCUGCAUUCCAGCCAGUGGGGUCUGUGAUGGCAUUCGCACCUGUACCCACGGCGAGGACGAGGAUGAGAGCUUGUGCCGAGAUGUGCCCCAGAGCCUCCCCCACUUCCUUGUGGCCCACUGUGGAGACCCGGCCUCCUGGAUCUACUCAGACCAAAAAUGUGAUGGCACUAACAACUGCGGGGACUGUUCAGAUGAACUGAGCCCAGUAACUGUGUGCCCACCCUGCGGCCCUGGGUGGUGGCGCUGUCCUUCAACCUUCUUCAAGUACUGCGACUGUAUCCCAAGACAUCUCUGCCGCGACCAUGUACAGCACUGCUCCGACUGGUCUGAUGAGUAUGCCUGUCCCGGACCCUGAGUGGGUCACUCAGGCCAGCAUGGAAGGCUGGCUGGAAUGGCACUGAUAACCCUUCACAUGAAAAUCAAAUCCUAGCGCACAAGGGCAGGAAGCAGCCUUUGAAAUGGGAUCUACACAUCAUUUCUGAAUAGGAAUUUUCUCUCCUGCUUUGAAGUUGUUCAGCCUCUGCUUGAAUGCUUCCAAUGACCAGGAGCUCAUUACCAUGUUAGGUGGCUUCUAACAAAGAUGAGGUGGUGAAACCCCAUCUCUACCAAAAAUACAAAAGUUAGCCAGGCAUGGUGGCACACACCUAUAGUCCCAGCUACUAGGGAGGCUGAGGUGGGAGGAUUGUGGGAACCCAGGAGGUCAAGGCUGCAGUGAGCUGUGACCACACCACUGCACUCCAGCCUGAGCGACAGAGUGAGAUCCUGUCUCAAAAAAAAUGAAACAAAACACAAACACAAAGACAAAGGGAAUCUGCUUCCAUGAUUUCACACCUGUCUCUGGGGCCACACAGAGGAAAUCUGCUAACUGCUCCAAGGCAUACUUGUGGAUCCUAAUCUCGUCAUCCCUUAGAGUGAUGAUACGUCUGGGGCUUAAAUGACAAGUCGAGUUUAGCUUUCAUGGAUGGCACAUACGUGAAACAUAUGCCACUUCCUACCCCUUUGGUACCUAAGGCAGAUAUACUGGGCUUGGAUGCAACCUUAGCAUCUUCCCCAGUUCAGUUAACCCAGCAGGCUCUACUGAUUUAACCACGUGACAGAGCACAUGAAACAGGAUAUCUGGCAUCCUACCAGUGGGAAGCCACCCCAGGAAGCUCUGAGCUGUAGAAUAGAAGAUCUGGAGAAAGAGCAGCUUGAAGGGCUCCUCACCAGUCUUCUGUCUGUCCACCCUGCUCUCCACCCCAGCACUCCCCACCCUCCACUCUAUGCCCAGCUGCCCGCCUAAACAGCCCAGUUUUCUGGAAGUAGGGACUAUAUUUUGAUCCUGGAGCCUGAAUGAGCUGCUUCUGUGCUUAUCUUUCCAGCUUCACACCACCCAGGCAGGCAAGGAUGAAUAUUUCCAUUAGAUGGAUGAGAAAACUGAGGCCCAGAGAGGGUAACGACUUGUCCAGAAUCAUACAGCAAAGUCAGUGCUGGAACUGGAACCCAAACACAGUCUGUGGCACCCCAGCCCAGAAGCCUUUCCAGCUACCAGUGUGAUCAUACCUUGGCCAGGGCAGUCUCUGCGGGGUAUUUUAAAAGUGAGCUUGUCAGGUGCAGUGGCUCAUGCCUAUGAUCCCAGCACUUUGGGACACUGAGGUGGAAGUGUCCCACUUGAGCCCAGGAGUUCGAGACCAGCCUGGGCAACAUAGGGAGAACCUGUCUCUACAAAAAAUAGGAAAAAAAUAGCUGGGCGGGGUGGUGCAUGCUUGUAGUCCCAGCUACUCAGAAAGCUAAGAUGGGAGGAUCGUUUGAGCCUGGGAGAUUGAGGCUGCAAUGAGGCAUGAUCAUGCCACUGCACUCCAGCCUGGGCAACAAACCCUGUCUCAAAAAAUUUCUUUUUAAUAAAAAUAAAACAUGAGAUUGAGGGUCAGCAAGUGUGAGACCCAUAUUCUGAAAGAGAGACUUGGGAUCUGCCUGAUGGGAGGGCUCCUGUCGAGGGAGACAGACAUAUCCCCACUGAAAAAUUAAUAAAAUUGGUUUUACAUAUCAGUUUUCUGAGUUUUGAAAACUGAAAAUGGCAGCCAUAAGAAGGAAUGAGAUCAUGUCCUUUGCAGGGACAUGGAUGAAGCUGGAAGCCAUCAUUCUCAGCAAACUAACACAGGAACAGAAAACCAAACACUGCAUGUUCUCACUCAUAAGUGUGAGUUGAACAAUGAGAACACA